UGUCGGUUGCCAUAGAGACCCGGGUACUGGGCGGGGCGGGAGCUGCCGGAGACUUAAGAGGCCUACCUUCGGCGGCGGCCUGAGCGCGUCCCCUGGCCCGGUGUUCCACCUCGCGCCACCCGGCUCCGCCGCCACGUCCGCGAAGAGGGACGGCUCGUGGCCUGGCGAAGCCCUGAGAGACGAUGCUUACGGUACAAGGACAACCAUUUCCUGGAACAUCUGAAUUGUAAUUCAAGCUUGAGUUACCGACAAGUCAAGGGGCAAACAUGUUAAACUCCACCAAUGAACUGCAGUUUUCCAGCGAAAAUACAGAAGAGAUCUCCAGACUCGCUUCCCUGGCACUGUCAGAUGACGCAACAUCCAGCGAAAAAAACUCACCUGGUUUACUCGAAAAAACUGGUUAUCCGGACUCUGUUUACGUUAUGGCAGCAAACAUCUUUCAGGGUAUUCGAAUCGAAAAGUCACCAGAGAAAGUCUUAAUAAAGUAUGGGAAUGAACCCCUGCGGUCCUCGUCCGAGUCUGAGGAUGAGUCCUUGCAGCGUUUAUCCUAUGAGUUGGCUUUCAGUGCCCUGAAAUAUCAAGAUAUUUUAGAAACUAUAUUAAUAGAUAGCUAUAUCUUCCCAAGUACCACAAUACCAGAUCAUUUGAGCAGUCUAAUUAUUGUGAUGCUGUAUGAUUUUCAAGAUAGAAAAUUUCAAGCUCGUUUCCUUUCUGAUAACGAAGAGUCCGUAGCAGAAGUUCAAGAAGUAGAGAACCUUCUUAACAGUUUUAAGACAAAAUUGGCUGCAGCAUUGGCAAGAUGUCGAAUCAAACAUGAUGCCCUUUCAAUUUACAACAUUCUUCCAGAAACAGUUAGGAACCAGGAACUAAGGGCCUCCACUUUACCACUUUAUGCUUGGAUAAAUACUUGUAAAAUCAGCCCUGAAGAAGUUUAUCAUAGUUUGAAGAAAAAAGGCUAUAAUAAAGUUAAAUCUGUACUGCAUAUUGAUGAUAAAAUCUUUGCUGUGGACCAACAUUGCUAUGAUGUCUUAAUUUUUCCAUCUCAUCUUAAAAAUGAUCUUCUAAAUAUAGAUCUUUUUAAAGAUUAUAAACUGAUAUUUCAGGACAAGUCUCGAAGUCUUGCUGUUCAUUCUGUAAAGGCUUUAUUAAAUAUGGAUGAUGAUAUCUUAAUGGUCAAUACCGGUUCGUGGUAUACAGUUGCCCAUAUGUCAAUCUUAACGAAUAAUAAUACCUCAAAAAUAUUUGUGUGUGGAGUACAAUCACAAGCUAAGCAUCCUGACUUGAAGAACCUUUUUACAAAAAUGGGAUGUAAAAAUAUUGAAAUACUUCAUGAGACAUUUCUUAACAUUGAAUCAAAAGAUAUUAGAUUACAGAAAGUUAAAGUGAUUCUGCUGCUACCUCGUUGUUCAGGACUAGGUGUUAGUAAUCCAGUAGAAUUUAUUUUAAAUGAGCAUGAAGAUACAGGUUUACUUAAAGAUUUCUCUCAAGGAGGCACGUCAGAAGAUAAACUUCAUGUUCUUGCUCAACAGCAAUAUGAACAGCUAACACAUGCAAUGAAAUUUACUAAAGCUCAAGCAGUUGUUUACUGCACAUGCUCAGUUUAUCCAGAAGAAAAUGAAGCUGUUGUUAAGAAAGCACUGGAAUUUCAAGAUCAUGGGAUUAAAGUACAACCUUAUAGGCUUAGUCCUCCUGUCCUUCCACUGUGCUCUUUAAAGGAAAUACAUUUGUCUACUGAUAAAUUUUUCAGAAUGGAACCAUCUGAAAUUACCAAUGGUUGUUUUCUUUCUGUUCUAACAAGGGAGCGAGACCCUUCUGAGACAGUGUCUGUGAAAGAUGUUUUGGCCCGUGCUGCAGCAAAGGGUCUACUGGAUGGGAUUGAGUUGGGUAAAUCUUCAAAACGAGAAAAGAAGAAGAAAAAAUCAAAAACAUCAUUGCCAAAAGCUUCCACUACUGAUAGUAAUGGCAUUCAAAUGAAAAUUGCUGAGUUCCUGAGUCGAGAAACGGAUGCAAAGGCUAAUCGGUUAGAGACAUCAACAACAAAAACAUCUGCUCCACCGAAAAAUACAAUUCAAGUGGCUUGUUCCUCACAGGUCAGAAAACCCAGCAAGCCUGUUACCAAUCCUUUAGUGCCUACGUUUAUGAAGAACACAUCUCCCUCCAGACCCCACCAACGCCAAGCAAACUUCGUAAGACCUCGUCCAGAGGACAAAAUGGUUGUACUGAAACCUGUAGAGAUUGUUUUGCCUCCAGUAAUGUUGCCAUUUUCAAAUCCCCAAGGGAUCAGACCUCAGAUACCAACUCAAAAUUUUUACUACCGUUGGGUUGGACCCAAGACUGUUGUGCCCAGCUACCUUUCUACACCAUCAGUAUCCAGAAAAGGGGAAAAGCCUAAAGAAAAUUUACCUUCUUCCCUACUCAGACGUCCUCGACCAUGGCUUUGACUGUCUUGUUUUUUUACAGGGGUCAAGAGCAAUUGGCUUUUUUUCAAAGUCUGACAUUUCUCUGAAGGUUAGACAUCGCUACACAAGUAACUAAUCUUUUUGGUCACUUAGUACCUUCUAAAUGUUGUAUUACCUUCAAGAGAAUUAAGACAAGUGAAAACAAUAAUGUAGGUGGGUAAGCAAAGCAAAAUUCAGAGAUUUCAACAACUGAGGGCUAAUCUGUUGUAGAAUGUCCACUUGUAGACUCAGUGUCAGCUGUUAGAACUUGUCUCACUCUUUCAGUGUGGACUUAGGACACCACUUUUAAAAGAAAGCUGCGACAACUUUUCCUGAAGGGAAACACCGUCUACCUUGUAACAGGCUUUUUUUCAAACUUAAUUUGUGAGGCAAUUUAUUAGAAAGCAUAGAUAUGGAAGAGGCUGACCGUCUCGCACUGAGUCUAGUUAGUUGUCGUUUAACAUUUUGUCACUACUGAGGUUCAUUUUUUUCUUAAAUAUCAAAAUAUUCUUUAAGCAGGGGAUGAUAUGAGUUUUAUAAUGUGGUUGAAGUUGAGUAUGAGUAAGAAGAAUGAGAAGUUCCAAAGUUCCAGGUAUAGGUAGUUCAAAUGUCCAUUUACAGAGUGAAAACUGUUUCUCCUUGGAAAAGCUUCCAGGAUCCUGAGCAGAUCGAACAUUAUCAGCUCUCCCUUCUGUUUAUGCCAAAUACUGUUGUAAAAAAAGUGACUGUAAGCAAAUUUCCAUCUAAAUAGUAAUAAUUCUGAGGAAGAGGCAAAAUUUCUGAUUUUAUUCAAAGAUCAGGUCAAAUGCUGAAAUCUAUAAAUCAUUUCAAAUGGCACACAGUAAUCAAAUUUGGUAAAUCAUUUCUGAUGCACGAUUAAAAUAUAUUAUAGCACUAUGUUAAUUAUAUUAAAAGUCAAUUCAUCUUGCAUGUAUUAUCAAUUGCCUACCAAAAAUUGGUAUGAUUAUCAUUUCUGGGUCUAUUGAUCUUUUUUUCAUCAUGGCGAAAGAAAUUGCUUGACAUUAAAUUGAGUAAGUUAUGACUAUAAAUCAUAUUGUUCAAAAAAUAUACAUAGGCACAUUCAUAAAGUUCGAAUUUAAAGCUCUAUAUUCAGAAUCCAGUUGUGUCGAACAAUGUUAUAUAAAUUCCUAAAUGUCCAAUUCAAGUGGCAUGAUUUUAGUAGAAUAUUAUCCUCUUCAUGAUGAAUGUUUAGGUCUAUUUCAGCUCUAAUAUUCUAUUCUUUAUUUUCUCACUUUAAGUGAGGAUAAAAAAUGGUGAAUAUCACUUAGUAGUAAUAAAUUUUUACUUUAGCUAAGGAUUUACAUUUAUGAGUAAACUGUGUCAGUGAAGGAAACAACUUUUUAUACUUGAGCCAGGCUUAUUAUAUUUUAAAUCCCAAAAGAAUUCUCAUAUGUAAAUUAUGGCUUAAAAUAUACAGAAAUAUUUUGAAUGCUAAGCUUAUUUUACCGAUUUCAAAAAUCAAAAGCUAUGUAUUUCUUUGCUCUAAAGUUAUAGUGUUUCAUCCUCUUACUCCUCCUAUCUGGCUUAGAUAUUGCAUGCCUCUGGGGGGCCAGUGCAGUUGAACUUUGUUCAGUAAAGAGCUGGUAUCUUAUCCCAGGAAUCCUUUAUCUUUUUCCUACCUCCUUCCCCCUGUCCCAGACUGAAAAGUACUCCAUUGUCCAAAAUUAGCAGGCCCGAGAUUUUAAUUUUUUGUGAUAGAAAACUCACUAUUAUGAAAGUGUUCAGGGUAUUUUUCAGCUCUCUAUAGCAGCAUGUGAUUCAUGCUUUAGCCACUUAUAUUUGUUAUCUCAUAACGUGUAUCCUGACACUAAAUGAUUUUUCUCUUUAGAAGUACAUGGAGAUUCUGAAACCAUUCAUUAAUUAAUCCUGCAGUUUUGAGAAUCUUCUAAGAGUGACAUGAUCAAUUAUUUAAAUACUUCGGUAGAGUAAAAAGUACUUGGGAUAAAAACUGUGUGAGAAUUCCAGUGAAGGAGAAUAUUGAUGACAUUGACAUUUUCUUGAGCUUCUUAAGUGUUGCAAAAAAUCUUAAGAAAUGUAAUUAUUGGUAUUUAGAUACUCUAAGAGCAAAUUCAGAUUUUUAUUUGAAGUUACCACUAAGUAAUACCUGAAACCAAAAUGAAAUUUUGCUCCUUGAGAGUAACUGCCUUUGAUAGAAGAGAUAAACUACCAGGGGAAAUGCAAGAUGAGCAAAAAAUGGGUACAUACUUUAAAUUCUAUUUAUCUUCUUCCACAUAUCUAACAGUUAAACUAAACCAGAUUCAACUGAUUUUUCUAGCUAUCUUUGAUUUGGGAUUUUGUGCCUGUACAACUCUAUUCUUCAUCCUUUGAUGUCAGGUUCUUAAAGGAAAUCAAAGAUAGACUAUCUUAAAAUUAGAAAGACUGCUUAUACAAGCCUCAAGUUGGUGACUAAAGAAGCUUGUGGCCACGAUGCCAGCUGUCCUUCCUGAUCACCAAAUAAAGACAGUGUGAAAAUUA